AUGCUCUUACUGGGGAGUUCAAAAAUAAUGAAGUGGAGGCAGCUUUUCUGGAUCGCAUUCUGUGUUGUGAACUUGCUGGGCCGCGCGGCUGGUAACCCAACACAUGCGCUCACAUCCGCAACCUCGGCUCCUGAAACGGGACUGAGCAGCAACAGGAUGACCACCGACCCUCCGAGCACCGCAAAGCCAACGCUGGAAACUACUACUGCCCCUGGAUCCCUUGCAACUCCCCCCACCUCCCCGGCGCUCAGCGAGGGCCAGGCGAGCCCCCAGCCCAGCCAGACGUACCCACCACCUCCGGGCAAUCAGUCGGAGGCGGUGAAUGCGACUAGAGGGACCUACCCGCCGAAGGACAAGUGGCCCCUCACAGCCCCCCCUGCCACUUCGGGGCAGACCGUUGUCCCUGCUUCCACGACGCACAGAGACAGAGUUAGCAACGUCUCGAAGUCCAUCACGUGCCAUGAGGUCAAAGAAGUGAGAGACACUGAAGCCAUCUGCUUGCACCUCAAGGAGUCCAACACUUGUAAACAUUUUUUAGAGAUGAAGGGAUCCGAUUUAUGGAGCGUAAUAUGUGAAGAGAGCACGCACCGUGUCCCUUCCCCAUGCCAGAUCAAACUUGCUAAAUCCGAGGUGGACCGUGACUGCCUGCUCCUUAUCCUGGUCGGUGAAAGAGAUCCUGCUACAGCUAUGCUCCAGGAAUCUCUCUGGGAGAAGUUUGGAAUAAAAUCCCUUAAACGAGAGAGCGUGAGGAGCCACCAGGACUUUUCUCGGAAGACGCUGAUUGCCUUGGUUACAUCUGGACUCUUGCUGGCGUUUCUGGGUUUGGCUGGAUACUUCCUCAUGAAACGGCGGAGCUGGAGCCCCAUGGGAGAGAGGCUGGGUGAAGACCCGUAUUACAUGGAAAACGGUAGCCAGGGCAACACAAUGAUCACGAUGGCCUCCCAUGAGCAACCCGAGCUGCAGGAGAAGCCAAACCUCAACGGAGGGGCUCAGGAGAAUGGGACUGGCCAGGCAUCCUCCAAAACCGGACACUCGGCCAAGCAGCGCAGCGUGGCUGACACUGAGAUGUGAAACGUGCGCAGCGCUUCGUUAGUGUGAUUUAAUAGGGCAGCGGCGAGAAAAGGGAGGGCAAGAAUUUUCUGUGGACUGUUAGGGAAUUACAGACCUCCUUUAUUUCUGUGAAGAACUUUCAGAUCAGCCUAAAGCACAUUAAACUCCAGAGCUACCAAAGACCUGCUUCACCACCUCCACUUAGCUCAGCCUGACCACACGAGAACCUUUUUUGCUGCCGUGCUCUGCUUUUGUUAUUAAAAGAGCAUAAAUGAGAAAUGCAAGUGCCACUUGGCCAUUGAACAGCUUUUAAGUGGAGACAGAUUGACGCUACAGAAGCCUUGAUCCAAACAACCAAAAUUUUUGGUGGGAGUUAGGCUGAUUAAAAUAGUUAAAUCAGGAUUUUAGUGGCAAAAACCUCUCGGGUUUCAGGGAAUUUUGGAUGUAAGAGUUGGUUUUAAUCUCGUCUUUACAUUUAAGCUCAGGAUUUUUUUUCUUUUUUAGGAAUGUCAAGCAUUUAAUUCCCCUACUUGUGCUUUAUGUCUUUUUUAGUAUUUCCUACUCCUGUAGCUUUUUCCUGAAGCUGUACGUAAAAUUCUCCACCUGGAAUUGAAGGUUGAGGAGUGAAUAGACCUUGAACUCAUUUUUUUUUAAUCCUACCAGUAUGCAGGUAGUUGUUUUACAGUAAAAUCUUCCCUGGUCUCUUCAUCUCAGGGACUCGAGACAGUGUUUGACAAGACAGAGCAAGUAAUCAAUCACUUGUGUGCGCGCGUGAGACAGAGAGCGCUUGAGCCUGCUUUAGACAGCUCUGCGCGUGCCCACCGCUUGCAGUCACACCGCCGUCUCCCGGGACGCGAGCAGCAGCUACUACCUAGCGUGGGACUUAGGGGACAAAAGAUGCCAAAGGACUCCCAGUUGAAUGAGAAAAAUAGGUAUAUCAUGCUAGUUUUGCCACGGCCGUUUUUCCUCUCUGCAUUCAGCAAUGGGUACGUGAAAGCAGAGAAGUAUUUUUCGCUCUUUAGCAGCAAAAGGCCAGCGCUGACCUCCUGACAGCAGGAGGGAGUCCUAGUUCUGCACUGAUCCUGCUCCGGAGGAAAAACACCGCCUCCGGCCAGGCCUGCGCUGCCGAGGU